AUGGAAAACGUCUUGAAGGAAGAACUGAAUAGAAGAAUGAGAGCAUGGGCAGCAUUCGCAGCCGUCCGGGAAGCUGCGGACCAACUGACGGACCAAGAUCUUCGUGCCCAUCUGUUCGACUCGAUAGUUCUUCCAGCGCUCUGUUACGCAGCGGAGACGUGGGCAGACACCGCUAGGAAGCUAAUUACUACCCGCAGAGCCCUUGAGAGAUGCCUUCUGAAGUUUAACCGGCGCACACAACACCUGGCCGGUCUUCGCAGCUCUGACUUAAGAGGAAUGUCCCGUCUUCGCGACCCAGCGGUAAGCCGAAAGAUGGGGAGUGGUGUAAUGUGUACCAACACCUAUUGCCACGCGGGUCUUUCCGUCUGA